AGAGAGAAAGGUCUCAACAAAUAAACAAAAAACUCAAGAUUAAGAGGCGCCGUUGCGGAGGCAUUGCCUCGACCUAUAACUUCUACUACUACUACUCAGCCAAUGGAAGACUUCAUAGCCGGGAUGUUGACGUCUGUCGAAGACGACUCGAGUCUGUUCAACGUGCCCUCGAUGAAGAACCUCGAGGAGGAGAAGGAACCCUGGCUCCCCUACGGAGGCGAAGGCUUCGCAGCGGGGCAAGAGGCCGCCCUCCUCAGCGGCGGCGGCGGGGGUGGGCUGGAGAUGGGGCUCAUCAAGGGCGGCGGAUGUAGCAACAAGGACGUCGCGGAUUGGGGACCCCAGGACUGCGUUGCAUGGGCCGAGGACCUGUGCCAUUCCAGGGGCAUCGACCCGACGGGGGUCAACGUGGGCGGCUUCUUCAACUUCACGGGCGAAAUGUUGAUGGGCUUCUCGCCCGAUGACUUCCGGGAUUGGAUAGACUCCAGUUACGGCGACUUCUUCCACGAGGAGUUCAGGAGCCUCCUCUCCGCUGCUACGAAUGUCACAGAUCCCAACGCCCACCCUGCUAUGUUCGGGACAGAAACCAAAAUGGAAUACUACCCCCACUGCGACUCGUUCCCCAAACAGGACGAAGAAGACUACCACAUAAUGGACAUAUCCAAUGUCAUGCCUCCCGCUCCUGAUGACUUCUUCGAAGCCUUCGACGACUUGUUCAGCAGAGGGUCGGAUGUCGACAGUUUCUUCGACGGCUCGACGAGCUCUUCGUUCGUAGCAGAAGCAGCACAAGAAGAAGAAGAAGAAGAAGAUUCAUAUAAACUAAAUCAGGAACUCAUCGACCUAGGGGCCACUAACCACGGCCUACACGAGGUCCCGGGGUCACCCCGCCCCCUGCCGAAGACCCCGACCAUACCCAGUUACCCAAUUCUGUCCCCACUGACCCAGCCACAUGCUUCGGGCACCGAUGUCCUCAGCAAGAUCAAGACGAAUUCCCGGAAGCGAGAGCGCGGCCCCAAGAACUGGGAAUACUUGAUGCGGCUCCUUGCUGACAGAUCCUACAACCCGAAAGUCAUCAGGUGGGAGGACGAGGAAGCAAUGACCUUCAGGAUCGUUAAGCCCAGCAUGGUGGCCAAGAUCUGGGGUGAUAGGUCAAACAAGGCCCACCUGACCUACGACAACUUCGCCCGCGGCCUCAGGUACCACUACAAGACCGGGGCGCUGAAGGCCGUCUCUGAGAGGCAGCUGGUGUACAAAUGUGGGCCCAAAGCUGUGAAGUACCUUCAGGAAGUGUUGAAUCAUGUCGUCUGAGAAUCCUCAGGGUAGCUUCCCGGCUGAACAGCUGGUUGGCCUCAGGUUAAUCCACUAGCCGGCGUGUCAGUGUUGCCACCAUUCCUCUUCCCAUGGAUCUCAUCAACUGAGCGCCCACUCACUCAGGCUAAAGAAGCAGAGUGAAAGAUGAUGAUAAUGAUGAUGAGAGAUAGGGAGAAGCGAUGGGAGCCUUUAAGUAACUAGGAAAGAGAAGCAUUACCAAAGAUGAUCAACGAAGGAUGCCAUUCGCAAGCUCGCGUGCAGCAUUGAACAAAAGACUCAACUGGGGUGGAAGGUGGGGGGAAGGGACCAGCGUUGAUCUGGCAAUGAUUUUUGCCACUAACUUUUGCUUUCAAGCAGCCAAGCAGCUGUGCUCAUGUGCUUGGAUGAAAGUGCCAUGUGGAAGUUAGCGCGCUCCAUGGAUACCUGUAUGUGAGCACAUCUUGAUUAAGUCACAGAUGACCCAUUAGUGUAAAAUUCAGUGUACAUUUGGAAUAAUACAAAACCAAUGGGAUUGAGAUAUUGUUAUUAUUAUUAUUAUUAUUAUUAUUAUUAUUAUUAUUAUUAUUAUUAUUAUUAUUAUUAUGUAGAAGAUGAACCUUACUCAUAUGGAACAGGCUCAUCACACAAGUUUCCAAAGAACAAGGUGCUCAAUUUGAAUAAGUGACAGAAAGCAUGAGGGGAAACACAGAUAGAAGAGAUCAUUUAUUGCCGGAGAACAAAAUGAAUGAUAAACGAUCUAUCUAUUAUUAGAUUAAUAGAUAACAAUCCCAAUUAAUGAGUAAAAUGUUUCGAACCUACACAACUUUUCACAGAGUGGUAGUGCAUUUACUAGCUCGAUGGGUGAGUGGAUAUAAGUUCCCUGUCACCCUAUUUCUCUCUCGGAGAGACGCAAGUUCGAAACUUCGACUGAGUAGGUGAGUUUAUCAAAUGCCAUUUUGGAAGCAGUUGGUCAUUUGUGGCUUAGUGGUGUAUGUUCUUAUGUGAAUGUCUGUCGGAUGUGGAGAAAAAGAAAAUUAUAUAUUUUACGACAAAACUACUCAAAAACACAAGCUGAAUCUGUGAUGCUUUGAAGGGAAUGUUUGUUGAAUGUGACAGUUUUGAUGUUGUUAUUAUUGUUGUUGUUGUUGUUGUUGAAGAAGAGAAAAAUCCACAAUUAUGUAUGGGUACAAAUAUAUUUUUUUCUCAAGUCCAAGACUCAAGCCACCGCUACUACUACUACUAUUAUGAUAAUAUAAUAAUAAUUAUUAUUAUUAUUAUUAUUAUCAUCAUUAUAAUUAUUAUUAUUAUAUGUAUUAAGAAGACAAAAUCCUGAGGUUGUGAUAUGAUAUAUUAAGGUGACAAUAAUAAUUAUUGUUAUGUAAAUCUUUAUUGAAAUACAAAUUUUAUAUAUAAAAAUAA